UACGUUUCGUUGAACUUUUCCAUGGAAACGCUGGACUAGUAGAAUCUUAAACAUGGAAGGCAAGAUACUUAGUUUUAUGCCUGAAAAUAUUGACUUUCUUCGUUUUGGAUGGAUAUUUCUCAAUGUCGGGUAUUUUGUCGUGGUCAUUUUGCACUUCUUCCAAGAUUUCAUUCCCAAUUUUUUUCACGGCUUGAUUUUCUAUGGCAAGACAUUUUCUCAUAAAAARAUUACAUCACUUCUUGAUCGCCUACUUUAUGUUCCCAACAGUUGGUUCACUCACUUCUACUUUGUUGGUGUAUGCUGUUGUCUUAUAUUACUAUCUUCUGUUCUCACAAGAGGAGAAAAUCCAACAUGGCUCCAAAAAGUUGCUUCACUAUUACUAACAAAAGAUACUGACCAAGUCCAAUGCGCUUCAGUUCUCCUUGGCUUGCUAAUGCUUCUUAUUCAAGUGUCUCGUAGGCUGAUGGAGUGUCUCUUUGUCAGUGUUUUUACUGGAAGAUUUGCUUGGGCCACAAUACACCAGAAUAGAUGUCACAUGAUUCUAGCCAACCUGCGCAAGACAAAUGACAAGACAACUCCUACAAAAGYAUACAAGAUUCCUCAUGGGGACUGGUUUGAGUAUGCCUCAAGUCCACAUUAUUUUGCUGAAAUACUGAUUUAUGUGUCAUUUGURAUGGUGCAAAAAGGAGCCAACAUUUACACUUGGUUUUUACUGCUCUUUGUCAUCCAAAAUCUUUCUGUUGCAGCAAGUAACACUCAUAUUUGGUAUCAUAACAAGUUUAAGGAAUAUCCACAGACAAGGUGUAGAUUAAUACCUUAUGUAUUUUGAGAUAUGAACACUUUGGUAGCAGGCAAUGUGUUGUGUUAUACUGUAAUUAUAGAACUAUAAUCUCUUACAUGGUUGUGUUUCUUUCUUUUCAUAGCUUAGUACUUACAUUAAUCGUUUACUCUAGUUGCUCUAGUACAUAGGUAAUAUUUCCUAGUGUAAUAUUUUACUUUAGCGUCCUUCUUAACUCAUGUCUCACAGUAGUUAGACAACAGAUGUAAGUGUCCUUAGUUUUUGUUUAGUUUUUUUGCUUAUUUGUAACCUUAUGUUUACAUUAUCGCCUACUCAGUUGAUUAUAAAUAUCUUUGUAGUUUUCAUCAUGUGCAUAAACCAAUGGGUAGUUCCAGAAAAUAUCCAUACCCCUACGACGGGCGACAUUUUGGAAUUCCGAAGGGGAGGGGAGGGGAGGUUUUUGGAAUUCUGAGAGGGAGGGGGGGUUUCUUAUAGUAAAGUUUUAUAGUUCUAUAGUAAAGGAUUCUGGAAUUCCUGGGGCUAGGGGGACAAGCCGAUUUUGGAAUUUCUGAAGGAAAGGGGGGUCAAAAAUCAAUGCCGCCCAUCAUAGGGGUAUGGAUAUUUUCUGGAACUACCCAAUUUUAAAGUCAUUGUAUCUGGAGCUGUAAAAAAUGMAGAAAAUUUUUAUAAAAGAACUAUUAAACAGCAGCUUGUGUCUCUAUCCUCUGAUAUAAACACAGUGGGAGUUGAAAAACACAAGAGAAGCAAGCUUAGAAACAUGAGCAUACACGCUCACUGUUUUGGAUUUCUUAAAUACAUAAUAAAAUAGGACAAACCACACUCAUUUUGCAUAUUGAAAAUAGAUUUAUUAAUUGAAUGAUUCAUGCUGUAGAAAGGAAUACACGUAUAGUAAAUGCAUAUGUAUAAAUGUACACUAAAGUAUGGUAUUUUAGAAAAGUGAAAAUUUUCAAAAUUAAUGUUGAUAAUAAAAUUUGUUUUUUUCUUA